UCGGGUUAUUUUCAUCUUCCAGGUCCCCUUAAAUGGGUUAAUCGUUUUCGUCGAGAACUCGUAUUCUUCCUCGUCUUCCCCAUAUGUUUUGACCAUAUCAGCUUCAUUGUCUCAUCUUCAUCCCACAUGGGUAUUUGCUGGGAUAAACCUGCAAAGUGUGCUCAUGCUUCUUCCCCUAAUUUCCCGGUUCCCUCCAUCUCGAAACCCCACACACCAGUUCCCAGCAAUCUCAAAGCCGAUACAUCUGUUUCCACAAGUCUCAAGUCUUUCACUUUCAGUGACCUUAAAAACGCCACUAAAAACUUCCGGUCCGAAACACUCCUCGGGGAAGGAGGAUUCGGGUGUGUUUUCAAAGGUUGGAUCGACGAGAACACGUUUGCGCCGACCAAGCCGGGAACCGGCAUCGUUGUAGCCAUCAAGAAACUCAAUGCAGAAAGCUUUCAGGGUCACAAAGAAUGGCUUGCUGAAGUUAACUAUUUGGGUCAGCUUCACCAUGAAAAUCUGGUGAAACUCAUGGGUUACUGUAUGGAGUCUGAGAACAGACUUUUGGUUUAUGAGUUUAUGCAGAAGGGAAGUUUGGAGAAUCACUUAUUUAAAAAAGCUGUUCAACCGAUUUCUUGGGCUACAAGGAUGCAUAUUGCCAGGGGAGUUGCACAGGGAUUGACCUUUUUACAUAGCUUAGAUGCUAAUGUGAUCUUCCGGGAUUUAAAGGCUUCCAAUAUUCUUCUUGAUUCGGAUUACAAUGCGAAGCUUUCGGAUUUCGGGUUAGCAAGAGAUGGUCCAAUUGGUGAUAACACCCACGUUUCGACCAGAGUUGUCGGAACCCAAGGUUAUGCAGCCCCUGAAUAUGUUGCUUCAGGUCAUUUGACCCCAAAGAGCGAUGUGUACAGCUUCGGUGUUGUACUCUUAGAGCUGCUUUCGGGACGCCGGGCAAUGGACAACGAACAAGUCGGGUUUUCGGAAGAAACACUGGUGGAAUGGGCGAAACCCUUCUUGAGCGACAGCCGGAAAGUACUACGGAUAAUGGACACGAGGUUGGGUGGGCAGUACUCGAAGAAAGGAGCGCAAGCCGCUGCAGCACUCGCGUUGCAGUGCCUGCAUACCGAUCCAAAGAACAGACCAUCCAUGGUGGUUGUGUUGGCUUCAUUAGAACGUCUGCAUGCAACAAAGCAAGCAGCACCGAGGACGCCCCAGCAUUUACAAGCAAAGCAUGGUCACCAUGGGAUUAAGCAUGUCAAUAGCCCUCACAAGACAAGAAUUUAAUUACAAAUUCACUUUGAAUUUUUUUUUGGUUAUA